AUGUUUUCCUAUGUUCUGUACGUUAUAUCCAAUAAACGUAAUGCUACGUCUCAUUCGAGAGGCAAAACCCUAACCCAGAACAAGCUUAAGAGAAAUGGAAUCGUCGGUACGAUUGACAACACCCCUCUCAUUCGGAUUACUAGUCUUUCCGAUAUUCUUGCGAAAGCGAAUUUUUUGAAUCCUGGUGGAAGUGUUAAAGACAGAGUCGUUGUUAAAAUAAUUAAAGAGAAUUACAGUUUCAUUGAUGAGUAUUAUGGACCUAACGACAUUGAUAUUUGUGGGAAUACCAUAAGGAACAAUGGAUUUAUUCAAGAUUCAGUGAGGCAUGUUGUUUUGAAAUCUGUGACUGAUGCGUUGACUAAUGUUGACUACUUUGCAAGAGAAUUUACAAUUUCGGGGACAGGAAAUGAGUCAUUUUAUGUUAUGGCAAACUACAGAGCUCAUUAUGAAGGAACCGGGCUUGAGAUAUGGGAGAGACAGGAUACAAAUUACAUGCUUUUGUUGCAGCUGUAG